AUGAUAGCGACAAUAACCACGACAGGAAUGAUUACAAGUAGUACAAGUAAUAAUAACAAUAACAAUAAUAAUAAUAUUGUUAUUACCGGUAUGCCAUUCUCGUCAACAUCAGCAUCAUCAUCAUCAGCAGUAACAACACAACCGUCAUCAUCGUGUGAAAUCGGUGUCUCGAGAAGAUCUUGUACAUCAUCAUCAGGUGGUGGUGAUUCAUUAUUAUCCCUACAAACUCCUAGUAGUGAUUCCGUGUCCGUCGUAAAUGUGACAAAACGUGAGGAAACUAGCUAA